UUUUUUUCCCCCUUAAUCGAUAUUUGUGAUUUUUUCUAUUCAAAUAUUUGGUUUUAUUCCAAAUUUUUUCAUACGUAGAAUCAAUGUGAUUCGAGGGUUGUGACAGAGAUGAUUAUCAGUGAAUUAUCCAUUGUAUUUAUUUUCAAAAUAGCUUUUUGAAACAUGUGAAAAUGGGACGCAGGUCAAUAAAAGAAACUGCUGGACAGUUUCAUGGCAUGAAUGAUGUAAUAAGAUGUGUGCAAUACGAAAGUUUUCUUGGUGAAUAUUUUGAGAAAGUUUCCUAUCCAUCGCUUUAUGCAAAUCCCUGUUGGAGAUUCUCCUGAUAAAGUCAAGUUUAGUCUUUUGGUAUAGAUCCAAUAUCCUGUGAGCUCUAACUGGGAGGAAGGGAGAAACUUCCGGUCCGGAUAAAUACCUCGUGUGAUGUGCAAGAAUGAGGGGAUAAUUUCUAGAAUGUAACUCAACAAUUACCUGCAUGCAAUGGUACCGGUAAAAUACAGUAUAUAGGCCAAUGCGCAAACGCCCACGCACAUACCCUUGAUAUUUCAAAGCCAAAAAAAAAGGAUGGAAAUACAUUUUCGUAUGUGUACGUUUAUAAGUGAUUCAUGGACUAUGAUAAUGGAAAUAUGCAUGAAAAUAUCGAAGGUGAACUUGUUACAACCGAGUUUUUGCGCAAAUGUAAAUUAAACUGAUCAUUUGUUUGCCGAUAUCAUUGCAUUUCAUUGUUGCAUACAUUUAUAACCGCAUGUGUAUUAAAUUGAAAAUGCGAAGUAAACUGGAAAAAGCAAUGAAAUAAUGAAAAAUGUAAAAAUUGUACUCAGUGUGAUGUGAAGAUAAAUGGAAAAUAAUAUUUUCUACAGAUGAAUGAAGAACUCGUAUUUAUUCCACCUAUUUGUCAAUUAAAAUUCCCACUUUGUGAAACGUAAUGAGAUAUGCGAUACGUAAAGCCAAUAAUGAUCUCUGUAUAUUUUUAAAUAAACAACGAUAGAUUGUGUCAAUAUUUGUAACAUUUUCACGGUGUUUGGGCUGAAAUUAAAAUCAGUGGCACCCGCUGCUGACUUCGUUGCAUUAAUGCAAGUAAUUGAUUUACCGGGAAUUUGUGUCAUUCGCACGGGAUUUAUAAAGAGACAAAGCAAUCGCCAUUGAGUGAAACUGAUUGUGAAAUUCUGCUGACUGGUUUAAUAUCCUCCGUGAAAUGGCCCACUCUGUGAUACAAAAUGUCAGUUCAAUUAAUUCAUCGUGAUGGCGAAGACACGGGGUAGUGACGAGGAAAUUCAACCACUGAUGAUCAAUGAUGAUGGUGACCAUUAUAUGGAAUAUAAACAUUAUCAUUCAGCAUUGAAACCAGUUAUUAUGAGGGGCGUUGCAAUGCACUUGGCAGAAUGGCAAGCCCACCUGUUCAGUAUUUUCAUGAGAGUCUGCAUAGUAUCUGCUGUUUUCAUAGCUCUCACAUUUGUCACCAUCAUUCUCUUUGCAGGGGAUAGAAAUCCAAGGUGUCGGAUAUCACGAAAUGUUGGGAUUGAGGAAUACCCGAAUGUUUAUUGCAUCAAGCAUGCCAGUCACGCCUGGACACAGGAUGAACUCUGUGCUAUUGAAUCAUCAGCACGCCAAUUUCCUGACCUCAAUGUAUAUAUGGUGAAUCUUCAACGACGUACAUCCCAGACUCCGAACCCAUCUGUCAAUACUUCACUCAUGCCGAAUUUCAGUGCCAUAGAAGACGCAGUGAGUGCACUUACAGAGAGAUAUGCGAAUAUACGCAACAUCGAUAUUGUCGCUUCAACCCUUUUCAAAAAAUCCAUUCUCGGAAAAGUGUAUGAAAAGUUCGAUGAAAGAUUGUUGGAGAUUGCAGUGAAAUCUCAGUUACUGUGGAAUUAUGCUGGAAUUGCACUGAAUCCACUGCAAGUUAAUCGCAUAAAAUAUUUAAAGGAUUAUCUUUGCAAAUCGAAUGAAUUGUGCAAGCCAUUGAAGAGCGCCGCAAUUAGCUCGGAUGGAAGUCUCCAAGUGUCGCCAGUCCCUUGUCACGCUUUUUUCGAGGCAAUUAUAAAAAAAUUAGCUGAUGGAUCUCACGAUGAACGUAAGAUCGUAGAUGAAUCCUAUAAGACGUUCUGCGCUGAACCAGAGAAAUGCAUCACCGUGGAAAUCCUCUCGAAUCUAUCUCGAAAUAUAUCUCAUCGUUUUACAUGCCCUGUGAUAUUCCCGGCGGAUGUUCACAGAUCGAAGAUGAACGUUACCACUACCUCGAGAUAAAACUGCCAUUCCCAAUUUAGACUCGAAAUUUUAUUUGUCGAAUGUGAUUGCAGCAUUGAAUAUCCAGAAUUGAUGUCUUCCAGAUUUAUUGGAAAGAUCUCAGUUCAUAGAGACGAACUACUCCGAGCCAGCACCAGAGUUCUCCCACUGAAACAAUUAAUUAAUAAAGUGUAAACGAAAUAGUCCAUUCUGAUAACAAUAAGAAUUAUUUUUGCUACGGAAUUUUAAA